AGCUCUGCUUAUUUAAGUACACUGUACAGAACAGUGGUCGCCGGGCAAGUAUAUAAAACCGCACGCACUCGACAUAACAACGGCCACAACACUGUACACUGUAUAUAACUGUACAACUGCAGGGCUAUGUGUAAAUGCAGCAGGCGAUUUAAAUAUAGAACGUGAGUGUGUGUGUGUGUGGAGCAAGGCGAAUAUCAUCGGUUGCGAGUGUGUGCCGUUCGUGUGGUGUGCCGAGACGUGUCGCCUGCAGCCAAGGGAUUCGGUCGGUCCCUAUCCUGCUCGUGUGUAAAAGCGAGUGCAUGUAAGACGUGCGAGCGCCGCCCCGUCGGAUCCACGCGAUUUUCCCAUAUCCGUAUCGCCCGUGUCGCAUACCGUGUGCGUGUGUUUUUUAAAAUAUAAAUUAAAAAAAAAAAAAAAAAUCCUAAUUCUUUUUCCCUCCCCGACCUUGCGGCCUCUACCCUCUCAGCCCGCUCCCCCGAGAGCCCUCGAACCGACAUGUGACCGGCCGGAGUCGGUUAAGUGUAUUUGUCUUGUUGCUUUUUGUAUGUGCGAGCCCGUCUUGUCGACCGAAUCCGACCUAAGGAUUUUGUUUUUUUGUUUACCCGGAAAAAGAUUUCGCAUGCGGUGUGGUCAUCGCAUGCCCGGAGAUUAAUGGAUACGGUCGGUAGCUGACAAGCCGCGCGGCUGGAAUGCGGGACUUACGCAUGGGAAGUCCCGCCGGCCCGGUACGCUAUGCUUGACGUGUUCCGGGGCCUGAAGAGCCUGGCAAAAAUCAGUCACGUGCACAUCGACUCGCCUGUAUUUCGCUUGCACUACAGUCUGACGGUGAUGAUGCUGACAGCGUUCAGCUUGAUCGUUACCACCCGCCAGUACGUGGGCAACCCCAUCGACUGCAUACACACCAAGGACAUACCCGAGGACGUGCUGAACACCUAUUGUUGGAUACACUCCACGUACACCAUCAAGGGGGCUUUCAAGAAGAAGGUGGGCGUCAGCGUGCCGUACCCGGGUGUAGACAACACCAAGGGCAAACUCGAAGACCGCAAGACCUACGGCUACUACCAGUGGGUGUGCUUUUGUCUGUUUUUUCAGGCGAUACUGUUUUACGCGCCCAGGUGGCUGUGGAAACUCUGGGAGGGCGGCAAGAUCCGGGCGCUCAUGAUGGACCUGGACGUGGCCAUAUGCACGGACGCGGAGAAGAAGCAGAAAAAAAAGAUACUGCUCGACUAUCUGUGGGAGAACCUGAGAUACCAUAACUGGUGGACAUACAGGUAUUACCUGUGCGAACUGUUGGCGUUGCUCAACGUAGUGGGACAAAUGUUCAUGAUGAACCGUUUUUUCGACGGCGCUUUCCUCACGUUCGGGGUGGACGUCAUCCGGUUUCUGGAUAGCGACCAGGAAGACCGUAUCGACCCGAUGAUCUACAUAUUCCCAAGGAUGACCAAAUGCAUAUUCCACAAGUUUGGCGUUUCCGGCGAGGUGGAGACCCACGACGCGAUAUGCAUACUUCCUCUGAACGCCGUCAACGAGAAGAUUUAUGUGUUCCUAUGGUUUUGGUUCUUAAUUCUGGGAGCCUUGUCAGCGGCCGUGAUUGUUUACAGGUUUAUCAUCAUAGUGUCGCCUCGGAUGCGAGUGUACGUGUUUUGCAUAAGGUUUAGGCUCAUCAAGCGCCAAGCCAUCGGCAACAUAGUCCGCAGGUCCAAGCUGGGCGACUGGAUGCUGCUGUACGUGUUGGGUGACAACAUAGAUUGUGUGAUAUUCAGAGAUAUCGUGCACGACUUGUCGCACAGACUGGACGCUUAUCACACCAAGAACUCAACAGUCAGUACAGUGGACGCGUGACGGCUGAUACAAUACAUUGUGCUCAAUUCGAUAACAAACAAAUUAUUGUUACAGGGUAAACGCGAUCGCUGUUUAAUCGGGACGAACGACUCAGUGGUCCUGUGUCGCAGAACAAGUUAUUAUCGGCCUUAGAAAAAUAUAAAAAAUAAAAAAAAUACAAUUUACUGCCUUCGGAUGUGGAACGAAUACCUACGCGUGUCUGGACGGCAACACUACGGCGUGAAAAUGUUGUUGUUUAAUAGGAAAAUUAUUGUAAUUUUGAAUAUUGUUAAGUUUUGUCAAAAAGAUUGAAAGAAAAAAAAUUAAUUGAGCGAUUAUAAAGUAAAUUUUAUUUUAUCAGACGCUACGUUGAGGGGGUUUUUUUUUUUACUGUGAAAACCUUUUUUAAACGAUAUAGCCCGCCGUCUUUCGUUGAUAUUGUCAUGUUAUGAAGAGUAGGUUACCGAUACAUUAAUAAUUAUAACAGGAAAUAUUAUUAGUCACGUUUUAAAAAAAUAUCGAGAAAAGCUCGAUAAAAAACUGUACUAUGAUGUUUUUUGUUCAUCUGUUUUUUUAAUAAACACUUUUUGUAUCAUACCGCAUAAU